UCUCAGCUCGGCCGUCCUGCACCCGCUGGUUCCUUGUCUUCCGUUCUUCUCUGCUCUCUUCGUGUGCGGCUGCAGACGCCCAGUAACCCUCAGCCAAGAUGGAGGCCAUCAAGAAGAAGAUGCUGAUGCUGAAGCUGGACAAGGAGAACGCCUUGGACCAGGCAGAACAGGCAGAGGCUGACAAGAAGGCCGCAGAGGACAGGAGCAAACAGCAUGAAGAUGAACUCCUGCAGAUGCAGAAGAAGCUGAAGGGGACAGAAGACGAGCUCGAUAAGUAUUCAGAGGCUCUGAAGGACGCUCAGGAGAAGCUGGAGGUGGCCGACAAGAAGGCUGCUGAUGCUGAGGCCGAGGUGGCAUCUCUGAACAGACGCAUCCAGCUGGUGGAGGAGGAGUUGGACCGAGCCCAGGAGAGGCUGGCAACGGCACUGCAGAAACUAGAGGAGGCGGAGAAAGCUGCAGAUGAGAGCGAGAGAGGAAUGAAGGUGAUUGAGAAUCGGGCUCUGAAGGAUGAGGAGAAGAUGGAGCUUCAGGAGAUCCAGCUGAAAGAAGCCAAACACAUCGCAGAGGAGGCCGACCGCAAGUAUGAGGAGGUGGCUCGUAAGCUGGUGAUCGUAGAAGGAGAGCUGGAAAGAACGGAGGAGAGGGCGGAGCUGGCUGAGGCAAAAUGUGCAGAGCUGGAGGAAGAGCUGAAGAACGUCACUAACAACCUGAAGUCCUUGGAGGCUCAGGCUGAGAAGUAUUCUCAAAAAGAAGACAAAUAUGAGGAGGAGAUCAAGAUUCUCACCGACAAACUCAAAGAGGCUGAGACUCGAGCUGAGUUUGCAGAGAGAUCUGUGGCCAAACUGGAGAAGACCAUCGAUGAUCUGGAAGAUGAGCUUUACGCACAGAAACUGAAGUACAAAGCGAUCAGCGAGGAGCUGGACCACGCCCUCAACGACAUGACCUCCAUCUAAACUUCCAGAAGCUCCUCAUACUAUCAGGAAAGUGGAUGAAGACCAUCAGAAUUUUUCUCCUCCCCCUCCCCUCUACACACCCUACUGUCUCCUCUACACGUCUCCUUUUCUCGCACUUUGUCAAUACAUCUCAUAAACGUGCUUAUUUAUCAGUCCAUGUUGUUUUUUGUCUGAUUUCUCUUUUCUUUGUUCUGUAACACUCAGCUCUGUUUACAUGUUAAAAGAAAGAAAC